GAUGGCAGCUCACCUGACCCGUGAGGGAUGGCCGCUCUUCAUCUCCAUCUUCCUCCUCUCCAUCACCAGCAGCCCGCGGAGCUGCGCCGCCUCUUCCACCGCCUCACGCUGGCGUCCUCUGUGAGCCUGCUCUGCUUCUCUCUGCUCUACCUGCUCACGGGCUGCUGCGACUCUCACUUCACCGACUCACCUGACCUGCAGCAGCCCGCGCGAGACUUCCAGGCGUCGGGGUCGGGAUGGCCCUACGACAGGAACGGGAGCAGCGCGUGGAGCGGCUCUCCCGGGCUCGAGGGAAACAGCUCCGGGAAGGAGUGGACAGCCACGCGCAGGUUACCGCAGGCGCUCAUCAUAGGGGUUAAAAAGGGAGGCACGCGAGCCCUGCUGGAGUUUCUGAGGCUCCAUCCGGAUAUCCGGGCUCUCGGGUCAGAGCCACACUUCUUCGACCGGCAUUACGCACGAGGACUGGACUGGUACAGGAGCAUGAUGCCCAAGGCUCUGGAUGGUCAGAUCGUCAUGGAGAAGACUCCUCGCUACUUUGUUACCGUGGAAACGCCUGCUCGAGUCCACGCCAUGUCUCAGGACGUGAAGCUGAUCGUGGUUGUCCGCGAUCCUGUGACCAGAGCGAUAUCUGACUACACCCAGAUCAUCUCAAAGACACCCGACAUCCCGCCGUUUGAGAGCCUGGCCUUCAAGAACAAAACCACGGGUCAGAUCGACUCCCUCUGGAGCCCUCUGUGGAUCGGCCUCUACGCUCAGCACCUGGAGCGCUGGCUGGCCUGGUUCCCCAGGACUCAGAUCCACCUGGUGAGCGGGGAGCGGCUCAUCUCAGACCCGGCUGGAGAGCUGGGCCGGGUGCAGGACUUCCUGGGUCUGCAGAGGAUCGUGACGGACAAACAUUUCUACUUCAACAAGACUAAAGGAUUCCCCUGUUUGAAGAAACCCGAGGGCAGCAGCAAACCUCACUGUCUGGGGAAAACCAAGGGCCGGACCCACGCCUCCAUCGACCCCGGCGUGCUGCAGAGACUCAGAGACUUCUACAAACCGCACAACCAGCGCUUCUACCAGCUGGCUGGGCAGGACUUCGGCUGGCAGUGA